GGCGCCGUUGCAUUCCUUGAUAGCGUCUCGGCGGUGUGGUCAGUCGUAUCAAACUACCGACACACAAAAGAACGUAACACGCACAUUUUUACAUGUUACACCCGUAACUACUAAACUUGAAGCAUCCGCGUGUAAAUCAAUUACAGCAACAGCGUGAAACUUUACUCGGAACGCCUCGGAAAGUGGGAGCAACCAAUCUCGAUGCUCUUGCCGCGUAUCAAACUAAUCUUGUUAAAUGUGAGUCAAAAGAUUCUAAAUAUUCAUUCUGUCAAAACAUCUUGCUUCUGUUGUGGCGUGUAAACUACCUCACACCUUACGCAGUGAAAGUUCUAAGUGAUCUAGUUUCGGAAGUUAUCCCUUUACAUUUCGCCCCUAACAAUUUGAUACCUUCACAGUCUAAGGACGGGAACCGAUGUGCGCCACCGGCACCGCCAAAAUGUCAAUUACAUACCUAUGGAUAUCUCAUUACUAUAACCAUUAUUAUCAUAAACUCCUUCGUUCACAUUUUAACAUCAGAGAUAAUCUACAAAUCCUUCCGAUGUGUUAAUGAUUAAUCGUCGCUCGCUGUGAUCGCAUUGUUGUUUAGUGUAAAUAAAUUUUCGGUAGACGCAAUUAAUUUAUUGAGGUGAUGUUGAACAUUAGGUGAUGGAUGAAAAUUGCACGAUGAGGCCGUGCGCCACAGACUUUAGCAUUGCCGCAAUUAUGUCGAGGCACGGAAGAGCUCGUACCUCCUCAAGAUGUCGCGAUCGCGAUCCGCCGGAUCCUAUGUCGCCUCUUGAAAAGUUCGUGGAAACUUCGGCGUCGUCAGUAGCGACAACACCGGAACCUGUAGGAUUAGAUUGUACAAUAGUGCCACCGACGGAUAUUGAAAGUGGAAGAGAUUCUCCCGCGGACGUUUCUUCGACUUCCGAAUCGGGAGUUGCGUGUCAUUCGGGCGGUAGACGAUCGCCGUCUAGUUAUCGCAAUCCGCUGUUGCAAGAACGAUGGAACUGUGAGGAACUUAGGAACGUUACUUGUCAUUUAGAAACCAAAGACUUAUGGGACAAGUUUAAUGAUUUAGGGACUGAAAUGAUUAUUACAAAGACUGGCAGCGGAUGUUUCCUACCGUAAGGGUAUCCUUUACGGGUAUUCGGGCCGAGCAGCGGUACGUUGUUAUUUUGGACAUCGUCCCCGUUGAUAACAAACGCUAUCGUUACGCUUAUCACCGUUCCUCUUGGUUGGUCGCGGGAAAAGCCGAUCCACCUGCACCCUGUAGGCUCUAUGCUCACCCAGACUCUCCCUACACUGGAGAACAAUUACGUAAACAAGUCGUCUCCUUUGAAAAAGUCAAACUGACGAACAACGAGAUGGACAAGCACGGACAUCUCGUUCUGAAUUCCAUGCAUAAAUACCAGCCUAGAAUUCACCUCGUGAAAAGAUCAGACAGUGCGUCUGGGCCAAUAAUCGAUUUGGAGCAGGAAGAGUACAAAACAUUCAUCUUUCCCGAAACGGUGUUCACAGCUGUCACGGCUUAUCAAAAUCAACUGAUAACAAAGUUGAAAAUCGACAGCAAUCCAUUCGCGAAGGGAUUUCGCGACUCAUCGCGUUUAACGGAGUUCGAACGUGACACCUUUUGCAGGGAAACCAUGGAAUCGAUGCUUGCCGAACAACACUACCUAAGGAACCCCCUUCGACCGUUCGCCGAAUUAGACACGCACAACAACAAUUUAUCGUUGGAAGAGAAGGCGAUCCUAGCGGCUCGCUCGCAGCUAUUCCUGCGAGCCGCCGCCGCAGCCGCCGGACCCUACGCUCCCUUAAUGGGCAGCAUUUACGGUGCCAGUGGAUCGCAGGCGACCAGCGUUCCACCUGGAGUCCUUUGGAGCCAGUGGGCGUGCCUAGGCCCCUCACUUCUGGCGGCGCAACAUCAACACCAACUGGCGGUGGCCGCAGCUGGAAGUUCGCAACUAUCCUCUCCUAUUUCUCCCCUAGCAAGGCCCCUGGCACAGCACAGAUAUUCGCCCUAUGCGCCACCCUCGCGAUCUCCCGAUACUAGUUUACGUGAACAAGACUCGCCUAACAGUCCUUCGUAGGACUAAUUUCUCCUAUAUCUUGUGAUAUUAUCGUUUUUUUAAUUGAUUUUAAGCAAACUGACGGAGCAAAUGCCUUCACCCGAUGAUGCUUCUGCGUAGGACAAAACGCUCCGCAAACAAGAGUUCCGAUAAAAUUGUACAAUAUAAACACAUGUACAUAAACAUAAUUUAUUUUACCAUUAUGAUUAAUGUAUCUGAGCACUGUCACGUCUCUCAACAAUAAUCGAAUUAGGCGGUGUCAUUAUUUAUUUUCCUCCCAGCAAAAAUACUAUACCGAUGACUGACAUGAUAACAGAACUUAUAGAUUGUUAACCUUCGCAUUAUUAAUUAACGACUCGUUACAUAUGCAGCUUUCAGAUACAUAAAAUAUUUAUAAGAAUUUAUUACAUAGUUGUCGGAAAUUGUCAAUUUAGGUAUAAUUAUGUAUUAUAAAUAAUAAAUUUAUCAGAAGUA